AUGUUUCCUCACAAAAAGAACGAUCCCUUAAAAUCCCUUCCCAUAUCACGAGUUGGUUCGUCACAGCGACUUAACCAACAUAUUUCUUCCAUUCCUAGCACUCCCAACUAUGUAGCAUCUUCAUUGAAUCCCGUAAGAAACCUCCCAGUGAGUUCAGGAAGUAUCAAGAGUAAAAUCACCACAAAAGCAGCCUUAGAUAAAUUCGAACAAUUGCCCAUAGUUAAGCAAGUAGGUGCUUUUGAAGACACUCUAAAUGCCAUCUCCGAUAACAUAUCACAGUUCAAGGAAGGGCAGUUGCAUGCAAAUGUUGAGAAAAUCAUCGCCAUAAACGACGAUCUCAAGUCAAAAAUUGAAGAACUAGAUAGACAUCGUCGUUUGGGAGAAAACAUCAAAGAACUUGAAGCUGAAAGUAGCAAUUUGGACAACACUUCCAAGUAUAUACUAAAGGAGCUCAUAUCGUACAGAAACGAAUUAAGGGCUCUUCCCAGAUUACCUGCAUCAGCAAGCAAAGGAAGUGGAGAUACUGUUGAGAUCGAAGAUAUCUUGAAAUAUGCCAUGAAGUUGGCCAAGUUCACUAAGGCUCCAGCUACGCUGGCAAGUAUGCCCUUUCAAAUUCACCCCAAUAACUACGUGUGGCCAGCUGAAGAUGCUUUAAGAAGAGGAAUGCUUGCAGCGAGCUCAUUGAAUCCAGACGAAAUUAUCGCAAACGAAUUGGGUACUACAGAGGAAGAAAAGAUACAAGAAAAGAAAGAUGAACAAGUCAAGAAAGCAGACAAACAACAGGACACUGGAAUACGUAGAGGUUCAUUCGGCGACUAUGGUUCCUCAUCCUCUGGUAAGAAGAAGGAAGAACAGUCGGCCCAACUCGACCUCGAUUUGUUCGACUCGGAAGACGAGUUUUCCGAUUAG